CUAAAGCAAAAUUGGCACUGAAUUUUCUUGCUGUCUUGCACAUCCUAUUUUAUACAGUAGAAAUUCAUCAAUAGGAUGCAGGGGCGUCCAGGUUUUUAACUGAAGAAAUCCUAUCUGUGUAGUGAGAAACUGAAGACGUUCCAUUUGUUCUUCAGUUAAAAACGAAUGAGCGCGUGAGAUUGCCGCGGCCGAGCUUGAGUUGGAUCCCAGUUCCAAUUCAGCCGGCGACAAUCCCAAUCCGAGUUCGGCAAGAAUUAGGAGCUCUCCCCUGAAUAAAUGGGCAGCGGCGGUGGGAGCAGCAGCUCCAAUUCGAUCUGCUCGCCCACCUUCCCGAUCUCCAGGCCUAGACACACCAUCGAUGGCGGCGAAGGUGCUCCAGCUCCGUAGCGCCGACGGCAAGGUGCUCGUCGCUCCGGCGUGGGACUAUCGCCCGACCGCUGCCCAAGCUCUCCCGCUGGAGAUGCGGGUGCCCUCGCGCGCCCUCGAGAGGGUGCUCCAGUACUGGACCAAGCACAGCCUGGCCAAGGCCACCGGUGAGUCCCGGGAGUCCCUCGCCCGCUGGGACGCCGACUUCCAGCGCCGUCUCGAGGAAGACGGCCUCGCCAAGGAGGCCGCCGCAGCCGCCCAAGAACUCCGCCGCUACGGCGUUCACCAUGGAUGGCGUCCCCGUCGCCACGCCGCCACGGGCGCAUCUGAUGUCGCUGCUCCAGCCACCGCCACCCGUGCUGAUCCCGUCCGUGCCUGGUGCCAACUCGUUCACCACCUCAAGGGUGUCAACCACGGAGAACCUAGCCCGGGGCCGACGGCGUCCACCGCUUUCCAUGCCUCCGAUAUUGCCAUCGCCGCGCGCCCUGGGCCUGCCACCACCUUGCCGGCCGCUGCUGGUACUGAACCCGUUGGUGUCCGGUGCGCCAUCCGUGCCCGUGGACGCCAGAUGGCUGAAGAAGAGGAGCCCGUUUGCCACCACCGCAAGCGCCCGACUUCCAAGGCUGCCAAUGCUGCUGCGCCCGUGAAGAAGGUCUCUCGCCCCGUCGCUUCCAAGGCUUGCUCCUUCGUCGGCUCUACACCACUGCAUGCCCCUGCCACUGCUGUGAAGAAGAUGACUCCAGCAGUUUCAACUCUGCGUGCAAGAAGGGGGAUGGGGGAGCUCAGCUGCAAGGUUCCGAAGCAAAACCAAUCGCCAUUGCCUGUCACUGCUGUUGCAGCACCAAGGAAGCAACCAAUUCCUUGCUUGAGUCCAGUGGCUCAAGGGGAGCCCGGCUUUGAAUUAACGAAGCCAUCAACCGGCCAGGAUUACACGAGGCCACCAAGCAGCAGCAACCGAAAGAUACAAUGGAGCUGGGUGAACAGCUAACACUGCCACACACAUUACAGCUGUAAGAAAAAUUACAUGAAGAGCCCAGCUAGAAAUGUCGAAGCCUACUGCACAUAGCCAGCCGAAGGAGGAGCAACAGAGAAGCCUCGAUGAUCAGCCGUUAACCAGAGAGAAUUGAGCACUGUCUGAAACCAAGGACAAGGGACGAACAUCGCUCCCAACACCGAAGAGGAACCCUUUCCUCUCGCCUAGGCUCGAAGGCGCCGCACCGUCGGAUCGUUGGCGCUCACCCGAGAACUAGAGCAGAUGCCAGCCGGAUCCCCAUCUCAGACAAGAAGCACUACCCUCGCCACGCCACUGGCACACACCACAGCUGCACUGCCACCUCUCCUGAGCCGCCAUGAGCAGAAGGAUAGCCGUUGGGAGGUCGCCGGAGAAGGAAGCUGCAGAGGCCAAGAGGCGGGAGACUGUGUUGACUCUCUUGUAAACUUAAUCUUGGCUGAAUUGGAUUCAUAGGCAUUGGCGUCUUGGUGAGUUAAAGUUGCAGUUUCUGAUGAGUAACAUUGGUUAGUGAACUCUUGUGUGUGUGUGCGGGUGAAGCUUUGAGCUAAGCAGGUCCUCAAUGUACCGACUAUCAAGUCCUUGAUGUACCGACUACCAGGUCAUACUGUAAUCAGUUUCAGAUAUGUAUGAAUGAAAAAUUGUUGGCCUGAA